CUUGUUCUUCCAAAUCUGCAUGAUUUGCCAAGCCUGCUUGCCGCCAUGUGACGGGCUGGCUGGCUGGCUGGGUGCGUGGCCUCAGGUCGCGCGUAAAUCAGUGCCGCCGGGCGGAAGGAUCUGGGGAGGCUGCAAGGCAGCGAGCGUGCAAUUUGUUAAACCUGGCCCUUUCCAGCUCCUCUUUUUGGCCGCCGCCGUGACAUGGACGACGCAACCCAAAGCAAAAGGACGACAUGCUGCUUCUCAAAGCCAACCGUCGGCUGCGCACGGGCAGGGCGAUAGCUCUGUGCCUCCUCGUCUUCGUCGUCUGGAUCUUCACGUCAAGCCAGCUGCUGUCCUUCUUCCGGAUAGAGGGCGGUGAUGGGUCGAACGAUGGCAUUGUGGCAUCCAGCAGCAAUGCUACGCUUGGCUUCGGUCAAAUCUAUGUCAUCUCGCAGCGAGGGUCGGCGCGUCGCAAGGGCAUCAUCCAGGCGGCCAAUGUCACCGAGUUGCAGUUCACCAUUCCCGAGCAGCCAGUUUGGACGGAAGCCGAUGAGCGCAACUUCAGACUUGCAAAUAAUUCGUCUAUUAGCAAGGGCUCACUGCUAGCUUGGCUCGGGCAUCUACACGCUCUGCAACAGUUCCUCGACUCGGGAGCAGAUACCGCCUUGUUUCUCGAGGACGACGUCGACUGGGACAUCCGGCUCCGCACAACUCAAGCACCACUCGUGUCCGCCGCCGUGCGCCAGGUCCUCGGCCGGACAUCGAGACGUCUUGACGCGCGAAAGUAUCCAUACGGCGAUCCGAGUAGCUGGGACCUGCUUUAUCUGGGCCAUUGCGGCGACUACUGGCAUGGCAUGGACGUCGAGUUCAAAGAUGGCCAUGUCAAGCCCAAAGACCUCGAAAAGACGCCACACACGGCGUUCAUCGACCCAUCCAUGUCGCAUUCUGACAACCUACAUCCCUUUACGAAAUCGUUGAUGAAGAAUCUCGGCGUCGACGAAUACACGCGCCUCGUCCACCGCUCCGUCUUUCCGCUCUGCACCUUUGGCUAUGCGCUCUCACGCGCGGGCGCGCGCCGUAUCCUAGAAUGGGGAGGCAAGGAGCCAUCCGAAGGGGGCUACAAGGCUUACGAUGUCUUGAUCCUGCUCAGCUGCCGCGACUACGGACUGCGUUGCUGGACGGUCAACCCGGAGCUCUUCCACCACGUCCCCGGGCCCAGCAUCAUCGACACCCAGUCAGGCAACAAGAACCUGCCACCGGUAGACCGUGCGGCUCAAGAACAAGUCAAGACCCGCGGCGAGACGCCAAACAUAGAUUGCGGGUUUUGGAAGGGCGCGUUCGGCUUUGACGAGCAGGACGAGGACCGCCUCGAGUAUCUUCGGCAGGAAGUGGGCAGGAAAGGGAGGUGUCUAAAGAGCGGACGCGACUUGCAAGGCUGAAGACCAUGACUCUAUGGAGCUUGCGAAUCUUCUAUCAACCCGGAUCAAGCGGGCGAUGAACAUUUAAGAUUGUGUCUUUGGCGGCAUCAUGAACCAGAGUUUGCCGAGACAUAGGUCCGACAUAACCCGUUCUAAGCCGCGAGCUGGCUACGACGCAUUCCAAGGACCUGACUCUUUUUGCCCCUCACCAACGCGACGUCACUACGGCAUAGCGACUACUUCCAGACAGCAUCGCAUUUAGAAAUGCCGCUUGGCGGCCGCACCGCUGGCGGGAUGGCCAUAGCAUUGCACGAGAUGAUGAUUGACGCAGCUCAGCAGCCGUGAUGCACCAGCAGUCAGGCCCUCCCCUCCUCAAGAAGCGUCACGUUUUGAAACGCGCAUCAGCCGCGGUGGCUUGGUUGAUCUACUCGGAACGCGGUCCUUCCGCCGAUGCGGAAGAUUGGCGGGAUCGCGGGGGACUCCUGUCCGGGGAGGGAGAGAGUGUUUCCAAAUUGCUCCACCCUCCUUGCUAUUAGCGAUGGGAGCAUGAUCUCGACCUGUCUGUCACUAAGAGUUUAUGGGCCUUUGAAUGAGAAGCGUGCUGUUUCGAGCGUGCUCGCGUCCCUUAUCGCAUGCGUUCAGCAUCGUCAAGUCUCCCUUUGCCCCGACUGAAGUUGUUUUCCUGCUCUCUGGGGAGUCGUGAGCUGCAGCUUGACUGCAGAGAGAGGCGGCGGCGGUGACGGUGACGGUGACGGUGACGGUGAUCUCUGGAUCUUCAAGACAGCGUCAUAACACCUACACGUACAAGCGGAUGGUGCAGGUUCGGUCUUCGCCGAGGCAGCACGCUUAUGAUAGUGUGCUCUCUUCAUCCCCAGAGGGACCGACCGAUAGAUGUUGUAUAAUACCCUAUAUUGAUGGACCCCCUGGUUUUCGAAGGACUCGAUCUGGAGCAUCGUGCACAUACAGCGUGCAAAGUCGCCAAAUUACCAGCGCGAGUGCUGCCGUUGACCUCGCGCUAUCCGUGCGGGCCACAGCCGUUUUGUCUAGAUGCUGGUACCGACAUGCUGGCCUGCUACGUGCCCGCGCCGUCAGCCCUCCAUCGUUCUUCAGCCGCUAGGUAGCAGCGCUUUCGCCAGGUUCGGCUCAUCUCAUGGAUCGCAUGGAAGACGAGUGCCCCGCGUGCAAGUAGGCAUUGACGAUGCGCUCGCAUGGGCACAUGGAUAUACGUACAUCAUGCGCGAGUCUUGGCUUGCUCGGCGCAUCUGCAAGUUGGCUCUGGCAUUCGGACA